AAAAAAAAAAAAAAAGAAAAAAAAUGGCACCUACUGCACUCCCUGAUACACCUACUUAUUCCCAUAUCAAAAUGGUCGCUUCUGACCUUGAUGGUACUCUUGUUGUUGGUCAUUUUGGCGGUGGAAAAAUGACACAACGUACAGUUGAUGCCCUUCAAGCUUUAGAAAACAAAGGCAUUCGAAUCAUCAUGGCCUCUGGUCGCCCUCCUCGUUCAAUGAUCCCUAUUGUCAGCCAAGCUAACCUUAAACAUCCACUUAUUGUUGGUUGUAAUGGAGGUGUUGUUCUCGAUAGUGUCACAAAAGAAAUCAUCAAAAAAUACUCUCUAUCUACUGAAGCAGUUCGUGAACUUAUUAAAGAAGUCAAGGCUCAUUUUGGACCUGAUGAUAUCUUGAUUGGUGGUGAGAGCGGUACAAACUUCCGUUGUGAGGAAGCUUAUGCACAAAAGCGUUGGAAAUGGGUUGGUCAAGUCUAUACUCGUGUAGAUGAUUUGAAUGAGUUAGCCAAUGAAACUCAUACAAUUGAAAAACUUAUGCUCUUGCAUCGUGAAUGGGAUGGUGAAACACUCUUUAAUUAUCUUGAAAAGAAUGUCUUGACAGAUCCUAAAUGGAAAGGUAUGAUUAACUAUUCAUUUUCAAGCCCUUAUUUUGUCGAAGUUUCUGCUGUAGGUGUCUCAAAGGCUACUGCCAUUAAAGAUAUUGCUACAAAGUUCAAUAUUACUAGUGAUGAAAUUAUUGCUUUUGGUGAUAUGCCUAAUGAUUGCGAAAUGCUUCAGUUUGCUGGUAUUGGUGUAGCUAUGGGAAAUGCUCACCAAAGAGUGAAAGAUGUUGCUGAUAUGAUUACUUGUAAUAAUUUUGAUGAUGGUGUUGCUGUUGUUUUAGAAGAAGUUGCAAAACAAAUUUAGACAUUAUAUUAUAGAAACAUAUGAUUAGACUUUUAAGUUACAAUUUUUAUCUUUACGUAAAUUAUCAUUACCUUAUUUUAGCACCCUUAAAGAUUACAUAAUAAAUUUUUAGAUAACUUA